UGAGCUAUCAUUUGUGAUUGCCAGGUCGCUUCUGAAAAAGAGCUACAUAGCUCAGUGGGCCUUACCUGGUAAAAUAAAAAGAGUUUUAUGAUUAUGUUUUCCCAGAUCCACACCACGGGAGAUGUGGACACAUGACACACAAAUGGAAAAUCACAGACUCUCACUCUCUCUCUCUGUCCCCUGUGUGCAACAGCGGCUGCGAACACCAAACCACGGACCACGUAAAUUGGCACUGCUCCCCAAUAUACACGUGAAGGUGGUGGGUGGUGGGUAGGGAAAGGGCUACCCUCCCCCCCCCGACUCAUACAAAUCAAUUAAAUGACUCAAAUAAAAAAAACUCAACACAUUUGUCAAUAACGCCGUGGCUUUAAAAGGAAACGUAUAUAAUAUAAUGUAUGUAUGUUGAACUGCUUUCGCACCAUCACACGGAAAUGUAUAGCAGCAACAAUACCCAUUAGCACGGUUGGCUACCGUACGUAGCCGACCGUGCUAAUGGCCAGAAACGCAACGCAUUCGCCAAAUCAACUCUGCCCUAAAAAGACAAACACAUACACAGUAAAUCCUCGUUAUUUCGGUGUUUGAUCAUUCGUAAUUGGGGAUAAUUGGACACGGCUGCGCUUUCGGCAUAUACACAGUAUAUUAGUAAUUCACCAUGAGCCGAAUUUGCCGUACCGAAUGGUCCAAUAUCGGCAUGCACGUGGGGUGACGCCGAGUACCACGACCAAAACAACGACUCGGUCUGGUGGCGGCGCGCGUGGUCAGCGUCCGUGCAGACGGUGACGUCGCUUUGGACUUGUUUAUGCACUCUGUGCAAGCCAACCCCCGCAGAAAUGUCGUCUACACCUACCGUACAUCAAGGAGUGAUAGAACGGGACUGAAGUAUAAAUCCCUUAGUCUGCGAGACAAAUGCAAUGUUUUGGAUGGAAUGGAUGCAGGUGUGUCAAUGCGUGUAUUGUGUGUGAAGAGUUUGGGGAAAAAAAAAUAUAUUGGGGCAGGAUGCACUGGGGAGUCCCAUUGUACAUAAUUCGGAAUAUUUGAUAAUUCGGCAAGGCUAGAGCCCCAUGUGUCGAAUUAACAAGGGUUUACUGUAUAAAUAAAAUAGGAAAUGUUUUGGGCAGUGGACAUACUUUAUAAGAGAAAGAUGUGCUUUGUGCCAUGAAGAAAGUCCAUUGCCCGAAACGUCGCCUGUUGUGUAAAUUGAAUCACUAAUUCGGUUAAACAAGGUGUCUCUUAUAAAUGCUCAAAAUAGGCCGUACGAAAGAAGCUGCUCGUAAGGUAACAGUGGUGAGCAUUCACGUGACGGUGUACGAUGAAGACGCAGUGUUGUUUAUAACCUUGGUAAUCGAUACAAGUUGUGGUGGCUGAUGGCAGCAGUGGGAGAAACGAGGCAGACCUUUAACUCUGCUCAUGGGCCAGCCACUUGCAGCAGAUUCACCACAGACAGAGGGGGCUGCCUUUGCCCAGCAGGAGUCAAAUGACAGCCCAAGCUAUUUGCGAGCUAUUUGACACAAAUACAAAGAUGCCUCGUAUAGCCUUGAAAGACCUUUUGGGACAAGUGCUAUUAGCGAGCACCUAUCAGAAUGAGAAUCUUUAUAUAUCCUGGAGAAAUCUUAUGAGAUGUGAAGCUCUUUUUCAUAGAUAUCCAGUUUGGGCAAGUCAGAAAGUUACAACAACAAAUAAUGCAAAAAACCCCGAUUGCAGUGCAAAGUAUAGGAAAGGUUAGCAAAUCAAUACAAAUUCAUAUGUUAAAUAGAUUAAGUAUAUCAGUCCAAACGGCAUAAGUGCACCAAUUCCCAAGCUUGGGCAAGGCAGAAAAACAACACCAAGAACAGUCCCAGACCACACCAAGAAAAUACACAGUCCUUCAAUGAAAUUGCACAUUAAAAUUGAUCCUAUGAAGGCUGGCACGGCACAUGAGGGGGUGGGUGGCCAGCACCAUAGCUGGCCUCCGUUGUCUUCCCAGUGACUCGUUUGAAGCUGAAUCGACCUGGGGGAGGCCACAGAUUCGAACUCGCUUCGCUGGUGUUCAUCGCGCAGUCCGUUAACCACUGCGCCACCGCUCCCCACGCACACUCACGUGCAGGCGCGUUGCGAAUGGCUGCGCACAGAUGUAAAGCUUGUUAGCUUCGGAAUCGUGACGGCUGGAUACAUAUUGAAGUUUGAGCUUACUCGAAUUAAACUGGCGCUUACUUGACAAGAAACCAAUGUACUGUAUAUUUGUUGAAGGUAAUGCUAAACUGCCCCAAGUGGUGUAUUGUUAUUCCUACUGAUAGAAUAACAAUGUCUAAUGUGAAUACGUUUGAUCUGUAGCCGUUAAUGCAUGUUAACUUUGGAUCGCAUGUAUGUAUGUAUGUUGAUCUUCUUGCCCAGUCGUGCUAAUCGGAGGUGCGCGGGUUGGGGACAACAAUGGUUGUUGCAUGGGGUCCAAAUGCAACUCCACCUCCAUGCCGUGUACAAAGCCACGAGACCUGUUCAUCGUGGGGAACGAGGAGGAGUAAGCGUGCGUAUGUUACGAGAUGGGAUGAGCCAUUGGCGUUAGGGAAGAGGAAACGUCUUAACCCUGUGCUUGAGUAGAGGGACAGGGAGUCAAGGGUGCCGCGGUGGCGAGAUGUUAUCUGCCUCGCCUGGUAUGGAAGAGGUAGUGGGUUCGAUCCCUACCCUGACUCCUGUUGUAUAUUUGGAGUUUGUGUGUUUCUCUACCUGUGGCCGCGUGGUUUUUUUCACUCCAAAUUUAGAAUCAGCAUUACGCGUUGAGAGCAUCGUUGCUGCCAUACAUUUCCGCGUGACAAGCCCCUUUGUCGAGCUAUCAUUUGCGAUGGCCAGGUCGCUUCUGAAAAAGAGCUAUACAGCUCAGUGGGCCUUACCUCGUAGUAAUAAUAGCACACCUGGGCUGGAGGCGGAUAAUUCCAAGCGACGCAGACAGCAGAGAAGAAGGGGCGGGAAAUCCUCUCACUGCGAGCCAUGGUUGAGUCGAGUCCCCACGUCGGAAGGCCUUGGACUCUCGAGCGGAGAGCACGCCAGGAAGAAGAGAUCAGAAACGAACACGGGGAAAGUUUUCCCCUUAUCCAUUUGCACCCUUCCUCGUCGCCGAGGAUGCUGGCACGGGACAUGAUCCAUGGAUAAUGGGACGAUUCAGGUAUCACAGGAACCAUCGGGUAAGGGGAGUUGAGCGGCUUGGUUGCGUUUCCCUCUGUAAAGAAUGGAUCCUGAGUGGAGAAGCGAAAGAAUUGCAUUUGUGCUCAGAGUACGACUUGGCGUGCUACGCACAUCGCGGUGAGUGUCUGUGUUGUGCGUAGCACUAAUGGAGUCUGAGAGGAAACUGGAGUGGUGUGUGGCAUUUGUGUUUCUCGUGGAUAAGUAGACCUUAAUAUUCAGGUGAGAGCCCAUUCAAGGGAACGUUUGUAGAAUAGCACAUUCCAUGGCUGCCCACCAGCACCACAGUUCUGUAAACUUAUUUGCGCAGACGACAGGACAAUUCCCCUUAAUGCAGGAAAAUGUUGUGGAUGAUGGGAAAAUACGGAAGACGUGCGGUGCCAUAGUCGUAAGUGCGCUGUGUCGGGUGACGAGAGAUGACGGAUAGUGGCAAAAACAACAAACGCAUCAUGUCUGCGUUCACCUUUCAUCAUCAGGUUAAUUUUCCUGACCAUCAUCAGCCUUGGCCCUCGCCACUGCGCCGUCACUAUCCCUCACGGUCCCGCGGUACCACGGCUCGUCUCGCUCCUCGCCACGCGGGCCGAUCUCUCUAAAGCGGUCCACCUCCCCAUUCCACGGCCAUCCUCCGCCGCAUCCCCCUUCAAGCCCUUCUGACGGCGGUCCAAUUCGCAUCCGCCCACCACAUGGCAAACGAAUCACGCGCGGCGGAGCAAGGGAUGGGGGGGGUGGUGGACUGCACGCAGAGCGAGCGAGCGAGCUGCCAGAGAGAGCAGCGAGCGAUGGUCGGUGGAUGUGCAUUCGUACGUACGUGCGUACGCUGAACUUCUUUCGCACCGUACGUAGCCGACCGUGCUAAUAGGGUCCGGCGUGAUAAUGUAAACUCGUGAAGCGAAACACCACGGUGACGAAAUGGCAGUUCCGCACGAUGGCUGCCUGCCUUCGGGCCUGAACCCAUGUGCUAAGGCUUGGCAGAGCCCUCCAGCGGGAGCAGCUGGCCCAGCUACAGCUGGAAGUGAGCCCUCCGCCAAUGGCCUGGACGCACCCAACGAUCAAAGUUCACAGAGCCCCGUUAAUGGGCUGGACGGUGGCAGCAGCAGUGCCAAUGGCCAAGUGAAGGAUGCCAUGCAGUGUGCUGUGGAUUCACCCCUGGCCGAUUCAUUUAAAUCGCACAUGCACAUUGCCAGAGAUGCAGGGCAAGGAGAGCAAGCGGAGUCUCUGCCCGUGCUGUGUGGAGAGGAGCUCCGGGAGGCUCUGCGGAAACAGCUGGAGUAUUACUUCUCCAGGGAGAACCUGGCCAAGGACUUGUACCUGGUAGCCCAGAUGGACAGCGAGCACUACGUGCCCAUAUGGACCAUCGCCAAUUUCAACCAGGUCAAACGGCUGACCACUGACAUGGAUCUCAUCGUCGAGGUCCUCAGAUCCUCAGCGAUUGUCCACGUCGAUGAGAAGGGGGAGAAGGUGAGGCCCAACCAUGCGCGCUCUGUCGUCAUCCUGCGAGAGAUUCCCGAGAGCACUCCUGUCGAGGAGGUCGAAGCGAUAUUCAGCAGUGAGAACUGCCCCAAGCUGAGCAGCUGUGAGUUUGCUCACAACAGCAACUGGUACGUGACCUUCGACUCGGACGAGGACGCCCAGCAGGCGUUUAAAUUCCUUCGAGAAGAGGUGAAGACAUUUCAAGGCAAGCCCCUUUUGGUCCGCAUCAAGGCGAGGCCCGUAGCGCUUGCAUCGGCGCCGCCGAAGAAGGGCUACCCGCUGAUGGGGAGCGGCAGCCUUCAGCCGGCGCCCCAGUUUGUGGUGCCGCUGUUCGUGCAGCCCGUGUACGGCCCUCGGGGCGCCCAGCCACAGUACUCCCUCUACGGGGUCCCCGCCGCGGGAUGGACCACGGCCCAACCCUACGUGGACGCGACUCUGGCACCUUACUCCAGCAUGGGUUAUAUGAAUGGAUACACAUACCCGGGCACGUUCAAAACCAGUGCACUUUUACCGAAUGGAACAAGACAGCACUUGUGGAGAAGCAGAAUGGGCCAAUCGCACAGAAAGACGCCACAAACUUACAGGCAAAACGGCAAGAACGCCAACACCGUGCCUUCCGGCGGCUUCGCUAUCGAGGCCGAGGCCCCUUCGUCGAGCGAGCGGGGAGAGACGUCGGCCCGCACCGAGGCGGCGGCUGGCUCGGGGAGGACCUGGCGUGGGCGGAGAGACUCGCACCCUGCUUGGGGGGAGCACCCCGCCGUCGCCGCCGCCGCCGCCGCCGCCGCCGCUGAGGAAGCCUUCGCCCCCACAGGGAGGGGAAGACGCACCAGCUACAGGGGGAGAAGACGAAAUGACGAUCGUCCAGUUGGCGGACAGCAGCUUCAGACGAGCGAGCCGGCGAGCCCGGCGAUGUCGCGCUUCGAGCUGGCCGCCUCCAGCUUCCCCCCGCUGCUGCCCGCCACUCCCGACAAGCCGCACGCCGCCACCGCCGCCGCCGCCGCCGCCGCCGCCACCGCCAAGCCGAAGGCAGAGGGAGGCGGCUCCUCCUCCUCCCAGCCUGCCGUCCCCGCCGGGAAGCCGCAGCCGGCCACGACCAAAGCUGAGGAGGUUCCAGGCGUGUCGCCCCCACCCUCCUCCCCAUGCAAAACCCAAACGGCACAGAUCUCCGUGCCCAGACCCAGCUUGCCAUCCGCAUGCAGUGUCAGCCCACAGUCCAGCCUUGAGAGAAGCAAACCCCCCAGCCCUCAGCCAGCUGCUGUGGAGGUUUCAUUGACAGCGAAUGAGCAGGAGAAGGACUGCACGACUACAGCCAAGGCCAUUCAACCUGCAGAGCCACAACCCGGCAGCACAGACACGAAGCUGAAGAGGCUUAGCUACGCUCAGGUCUGCCAGCGCGUCUCCAAGGAGUUCCCGGCGCCGCUCAUAGACCCUCUCCUGCAGCCCGGCGAAGAGGAGCCGCCGGCGGAGGCGGGGACGGCCGAGGGCAGCGGGGCCCCGGCAAAGGCCGGCGAUGGCCACGCUCGUGCGGGAUGUGUCGCCAGGCCGAGCGAGGCCCCCGCGGGCGCGUGUCUGGCGCCGACACCGCCGCAGGUCUGCGUGGAGGCAGGCUCUAAAGUGAGCCGCCAGCACGUGAGAGAAGCAGCCAGGGCCGCACACAGAGACACAGCCUGACGAGCACACUGCAGCCGAGGGGCGAACUGAGUCGAGGCGGUUCGAGGGGUUAACGUCGCUUGCGGUCUAGGCUGUUUUGCUAUCGUUAGCAGGGCUACGGAGAUUAACAGUACGAGAAUAUCUCCAUAAUUCAACCAUAGUGUACUGUACUUUAUGGUUGUGAUGAAAUGCAGGAGAAUGUACGUAAGAUACAACUGCUUUAAUUUCCAAGGAGGGAAGGUUGUUGCGUGAUAUUAUUUGUAGAUUUUGGAGUAAAAUCUUAUCAUGGUUCUAGUAAUAGGAAUGGCAAUGCAUAAAACGUAUUAUGUUAUUUCCUGAAAUUGCUCAUAAUGGUACCGCUAUGAGAAAAAAAGUGUUCAGCUAUGAAAUAAUUACCAAAGCUAGAUAAGUCAUUAUAAAGUAAUCUUAAUAUAAACAAGCCUCAGUUAUUCCAAAAACAAUGUCGUCCGUAGGUGUUCCCAGAGGAGAGGUGGCUUUUCAGAUUGGCGCUGUUUCUCAGCACGAGUUGUGAUCGUACGUUGGCAAAUGUUUACAAGGAAGUACCAGUUAGAUAACCAUAGUUUCUGUGACCUAGAACUAAGCAGUAUAUUAUUCACGUAAAUAUUGAUACAACAAAAACAACACCUGUGCUUUGAGCUUGUGCAUAUUUAGCAGAAUAUGUAAAUAUUUGUUUGGAGCAAAAAAAGAUUUAGUAUAGCGCUGUCCCUUUAAAUAUUUUAAAGUGCAAGCUUUAAUGCCUUGGGUGAGAAAAAAAAUAUGCAAUGUAAAAAAUAAAAAAAAAUCAUAUCAUUUUAUAUAUUUAUAUUGCUAGGUUUAAUCCACACUAUAUUUAAAGAGUAAUAAUUUGCUGUAACAAUGAUUAUUUGUGUAGAUAAGUGGGAUUUUUGGUUUUAGGUUACGUUUGCUUGAUUUUUUGGUGAUUUAAAUCUUACUUUAGCCCGUAGCUUUAACAAGGUGAAUGCAAUGAAGAUAUCAUGUAAACAUUUGUUCAGUUUUAGAAUUAAAAUGGAAGUUUCCUUUUUGUUAGUUUCAUACGAUAAACAUAAUAUAUUGUGAGCUCGUUUUCUUGAGAUAUGUCCAAAAUGUAAGAUAGCCUGGGUGUGGUGCACUGCUGUUUCGCCGUUUCAUGCGCUGAGGUUCCUGCUCAUGCCAGUGUUUUUAUUUCCUUCCGAGUGAAAUUAUUGUUCGUUUAUAAAUCGACGUUUUUCGCCGCUAUUCUCCAAUAAUUUUCACUUUAAAUCACAUGCAAACGUCACUGAAUGAUUUUAUCGUAAUGAUUAAUCGCAACCAGUUGUUUACCAUUGAGUUUGCUGUUCUGUAAUAGCUUUUAAUGCAAGUGCUUGGAAUACAAAUAGGGUUACAGUUCGGUGUUGCCGAGAUGUUUUGCUCAGCUAUUAACGUUGCACUAACAGGCAUGUUGAUUAAAAAUCAUCAUUUCAUCUUGCUCUACGAUCGCAUGAUCCCGGUGCUAAAUCCGUCAUUGCGUUUGGACAAUUUAACCUACAGUUAUUGUUUUCAUGUCGAUGUUACCUUGUUUACAUAAAGCAAAGCCAUGCUGUGUAGUUAACAACUUCAUCUGCUGACGAUUCCACAAGUUGGCACUGCCUUUAAUGCAGACACAACGACCUCUUGAAAGAACGUAAGGGUACAAUUAACUUUAAAAUUGUAAGUGUUUAAAACAUAAUUUACGAAUGUACAGUCAUGUUUUUAGUUUGAGAGAGCUAAUAUAGUGUUCUGCCAUUAUGCAUUUUUCACACCUUUAACAGUUGUCUCCCACACCUGUGCCUACAUAUUUCAAACUUGGUGGCUGGCAUGCUGAUAUGAAAAGAUGAUAUUAAUUCAACACUAGUUAUAAUCCAACUGUUCUUAAUGCACACGUUGAAAAUGUAUGGAUUAUCGGAAGUUCAUUUGCAAUGCCGUUGUGCUUAUUCAUUUGAGUUGUCAUACGAUGCUGGUUUUACUGAAUGUAUUGUGAUUAAACACUUUAAAAGAAA